GGAUCGGGAAGCGUCACUUUAGCAGUUUUGUUUUUCUUGUUAAAAAUUGUGUUGUGGCGGAUGUUAGUGUCUAAUAAUGGUGGAUUAUUAACCACUAAGUGUUCGGGAACAUGCACAAGUGUUGGCGAGUGAAACAAAAUAGCGAAAAGUGUCUUUCGCCGUUCCCUCGAGAAGUCCACGGGGAGGUUCCAGUAAAUCCCCAUACUUUUGCUGGAACAUAGGGAAAGGGGGAUUGACUUGACUGCCACUUAUUUUGACUUGAUUUAUUACUUUGACCACGAGUGCUAUAGUAUUUGUAAACAUUUUAACACUUGACAUUGGCUAAAUGCACAAGACGUGCCAAGCCAUUUAGAUAAAAAAAAACAAACCACAGACUAUCACAGAGUAUCAGGCAGAGUACAAGUAUCCACAAAAAUAAUUUAUUCUGAAAUUAUUUUUUGGUGUUAGCCCAAAGAGAACUAUAAUACAUCAUACCUUCAAGCAAUCACUUUAUCCGGGGCCAUAAAAUGACGACAGUUUUAUUCACAAUAUGCAAAAUUUUAUUAUUUGUAUUAGUUUUUAUGAGCGUCAUAACUCAUGUAGUACUCGGUAAUUCACCGCCUAAAAAACUUCAAAUAGGAGUUAAAAAACGUCCAGCUGAAUGUCCUAUUAAAAGCAAGAAGGGAGAUUUAUUACAUAUGCAUUAUACGGGCACAUUGGAUGAUGGUACAGAAUUUGAUAGUUCUAUUCCUCGAGGCAAUCCUCUUACUUUCACUCUUGGUUCUGGUCAAGUAAUUAAAGGGUGGGACCAAGGACUUAUUGGCAUGUGUGAGGGUGAACAACGGAAGCUUGUGAUUCCUCCAGAGCUGGCAUAUGGUGAAGCUGGGGCUCCUCCUAAGAUACCAAAGUCAGCAACACUCACGUUUCAUGUUGAUCUUGUGAAAAUAGAAAGAAAAGAUGAACUUUAAGUAUGUAUUUGAUCACUUAAAAAUUUCUUUUCUGAAUGUAUUUAUACACUACAG